ACAGUCUCCAGUUGCGUUAUGUUAAGCGGUGCAUCCGAGUCGUUUGAUCGGCAGCUUAGGGUUGAGAAAAAAUUGUGUAGAUCUUGGAGGGAACGUAUGCGAUUCGAUGUGAGGAUCAGUUCGCCUGGGGUCACUUUUACUGGUGGACUUUCGUUAAACUCAGUUACCGAGAUAUUGGAAAAACAAACGUCCCAAAAAUUGAUUUAGCGAAAAAAAAACUGUUUUCAUCGUCAAAAAUAUUGUCAUAAUCGAAAUUCGAAAACCGGAAGUGUUUCAAAUGCAAGACAUUACCUCCAGUGUAGGGUUAUUGGCUUAGAUACAAAAAUAAACUCAACAAGUAUAUAUAAAACAUCACUAGGCACUGUACCAAGCUCGUGGUGAAUUUUCCGCAACUCUUCGCUUUUCAGCUUAAGUUGAAAAUAGUCAUGCCAACACUUGUAAACCAAUCUCUCGGUCUUUGUUCUCAAAUGUGUAAAGAAUACACCGUGACGAGGAUUAUUCAGUAAUUUACAAUGUCAGUGGAGUGUACCAGUGAGUUUGAAUUUACAAAGUGUGUUGAGAGGCUGUCAGUUUCUGGUGAUUAUGAUAAAUCGAUUGAUAAAUUUGUGAUGAACAACAAUGGAUAAGACUGCUCUACUAAUUAUCGUUGUUAUCACUUCAAUGUUCGUUAAUUCACAAUACACAGAUGACUCCGAUUACGACGAUUUCCCCAUCUACGAGGACUUGAACGACGGAAUUCUGGAGUCCCAAGGGCCCGACGACUUCUACAUAAUCCCCGAGGAUGAUGUGAACGAUAAAAAAGCGGAGAUUCCCUCGAGGGAGAAAAAAUUACCAGAGAAAAAGUAUCAGUACACUAAACACCGAAUUCCGGGGUAUGACUACGACGAGUUGGAUUUUAUGGACGAGGGGAGUGUGAAGAGGUGUGAUGAGAGAUCUGUUUGGACCCACUGCCUCUGUCAAUUCACUUGCACCUCCAAAAAUACUGUGGACUGUUACACACCUUGCAGGAGUGGGUGUGAGUGCAGGGAGGACUUUGUUUUUGAUGAGGAGAGUGGAACGUGCGUUUAUCCGGAUCAAUGUGUAGAUUUAAUACGAAUUUAAUCAGGUUUUAGCUAUUCUAGGGGAAUUAAUUGUGGCUAAUGAAUUAUUUUUUUUUAUUCUUGAUUUUUUCAUUUUGUUAAGUGUUGAUUUAUCUUGAGAAAUAGGGGGAAAUGUUGGAGACGAUUUUAUGCAGGAAAUUUCGCGAUUUAAAAAUUUGUUUUUAAACAUUUUUGGAUGAUUCCAAUAGCUUUGGAGGAAUUUGCAAAAUUGUUUGGAGAUUUUUUGCACUAAUUGGUGAUAAAUUAAAUUUGUAGACUAUUUUGUGAAUAUCUGAGAAGGGGUUUAGAAGAAAAU